CAUUGUCCAAAAUGACGAUUUUGUCGUCAUUUGUUCGUUCAGCAGAACAUCCGGGGAACUGGCCCGUGUUUUGUGGUCGGAUGCGGGGUACAGAUUCGAGACCCGAGUUCGCUUCCCGAUCGGCUAUCCAACGCCUUCACUACCGUUCCUACUAUGAAGCUUUGGUCCGGAAAAGCGUUUCACGGCAGUUACUCUGGAGGUACACAUGUAUGGUACUUUGUCUGGUUCAUCAACACGAUGUCUUUUUUCCCCUAAACGUCGGUUGCGUCAAGCGUCGACCUUCUAUCCGAAGGGACGUGCCAGGCGCGCCUGACCUGCCCGUGUUGUGCUGCGCCCAGUCGGUUAUCGCUCGUGGAAAGUCGGAAUCAAGUACUUCCAGGAUGGGCCUGUCAUACCGGGAAGGGCUUCGGAAGGCAGCUGACCCUCACCUUGCCAGAAACGGACUAGAGCCAAAGGAGCCUGCAGCACCCGAGUUUCUCUUCCGGGCCAUUUCGUCACUCGGAAAGAUUCCUGGCUUCUGGGACAGUGGGUGUGUUCUGGCCCUGGGGCUGCAAUUGGGAUCAUCCCCGGGCGGUCAGCCUGUUACUUGGUGCAUCCGCGCAGAGCUUCCGGAACCACUUCGUGCCCACAUCUCAGAUCUCGGAACAAGUCGGACUACUCCAAGAGGCAAUUCUGCCUCACUUUCGAUUUUCCACGAUUACCAACUACCGCUUCAGCCUUCAGCCCGGUCCUUUGCCCCGACAUCUUCCGUGGAAGCCGUGGAGCUGUGGAGAAGGUGCAUUACUCCAAAGAUUCAAUUCUCUUUGCGACCUGAAUUCGCUGCCAUCAUGGCCCCAGCUGGAAACAUUCAUAUACCCCCAGUUUCCCCCGUCGAUAAUGGUCCUCUCUACACAGAUUUCUUUCAACAGCAAGUUGCAAAGCAACGAAAUAAUAACUAUCAUUCUACUUCCCUAAGAAACAUGGUUGCUGCUUCCGUUAACCGCACCGCGCUGCACCCUGGUGGUGUUCAGCCGGGCAAGGGUCACACUGAGCUCGAGGAGGAACUCCACGAGCACGCCCACAUUGACUACGACCGCGUUGCUAUUAUUGCCAACCCUGCUGUUCCUGCUCUCUACGAAGAUGCUCUGGUCUACGAGACUGGUACUGCUAUUACCUCAAGUGGUGCCCUGACUGCAUACUCCGGUGCCAAGACUGGCCGUUCUCCCUCCGACAAGCGUAUCGUCAAGGAGGAAUCGUCAGAGAACGAGAUCUGGUGGGGACCUGUCAACAAGCCCAUGUCUCCUGAUGUCUGGCGUAUCAACCGUGAACGUGCUGUCGACUACCUCAACACCCGUAACCGCAUCUAUGUUAUCGAUGGUUUCGCCGGUUGGGAUGAGAGAUACCGCAUCAGUGUCCGUGUCGUUUGCGCUCGCGCCUACCAUGCUCUGUUCAUGCGCAACAUGCUUAUCCGCCCCUCGCAAGAGGAGCUCAAGUCCUUCCACCCCGACUAUGUCAUCUACAACGCCGGCUCUUUCCCUGCCAACCGCUUCACUGAGGGUAUGACCUCGGCCACUUCGGUUGCCAUCAACUUUGCCGAGAAGGAGAUGGUCAUCUUGGGUACCGAGUACGCCGGUGAGAUGAAGAAGGGUGUCUUCACUGUUCUCUUCUACGAGAUGCCCGUCAAGCACAACGUCCUGACUCUUCACUCCUCUGCCAACGAGGGUGAGAAUGGCGAUGUCACCGUCUUCUUCGGUCUGUCCGGAACUGGCAAGACCACUCUGUCUGCCGACCCCAAGCGUGCCCUGAUCGGUGACGACGAGCACUGCUGGACUGACCGCGGUGUCUUCAACAUCGAGGGUGGUUGCUACGCCAAGUGCAUUGGUCUCUCCGCCGAGAAGGAGCCCGAUAUUUUCAACGCCAUCCGCUUCGGAUCCGUCCUCGAGAACGUUGUCUUCGACCCCAUCUCCCGUGUUGUCGACUACGAUGACUGUACCCUCACUGAGAACACUCGUUGUGCCUACCCCAUCGAGUACAUUGAGAAUGCCAAGAUCCCCUGCUUGUCCGAGAAGCACCCCUCGAACAUCAUCCUCCUCACCUGCGACGCCCGUGGUGUUCUCCCCCCGAUCUCCAAGCUCACCACUGAGCAGACCAUGUUCCACUUCAUCUCGGGUUACACCUCUAAGAUGGCCGGUACUGAGGAUGGUGUGACUGAGCCCCAGGCCACCUUCUCUUCCUGCUUCGCUCAGCCCUUCCUUGCUCUCCACCCCAUGCGCUACGCUACCAUGCUCGCGGAGAAGAUCUCGCAGCACAAGGCCAAUGCCUGGCUGCUCAACACCGGUUGGGUUGGCGCUGGCGCCACCACUGGUGGCAAGCGCUGCCCUCUCAAGUAUACUCGCGCCAUUCUGGAUGCCAUCCACAACGGCUCCCUCAACGAGGUCGAGUACGAGACUUACGAGGUGUUCAACCUCCAUGUGCCCAAGACCUGCCCCGGUGUCCCCUCGGAGCUGCUCAACCCCCGCAACAGCUGGACCGCGUCGACGAACUUCCAGGACGAGGUUAACAAGCUCGCCAAGCUGUUCAACGACAACUUCGCCAAGUAUGCCGACCAAGCUACCAAGGAGGUCAUCGCGGCCGGACCGGUGCCUCAAUAGAUUAUUCCUUUUCUUGUUCGCUGAUUCCCUUUUGGUUUAUCAUAUCGCAUGGCGUGCUGUGUUUCAAAUAAUGGGUCAUAUGAAUCUUUUUUCUUCUUCAGAUACCUGAAAGUGGCUUGUGCCGAUCAGCCGAAGGAAAAUUCGCUGAUCAUGACUGUUCUGAUUUUGGUUCUAUCCAAUACUGGCUGUUGGCCGAUAGGAAAUAUAUUCGGUUCUUACCAAUUCUCUUUUUCCUGUACCUGAAAUCUAUACUUUAUUUUCAGUACAAUAAGCAUUGGUUAGUAAGUAGUACGGGACAGUAACUAAGCUUAGUAUUGCCCAAAGUAGGGCAG